AUGUCGUCCAUCAAUUACAAUAAUAAUAAUCAAAUACCUUUACAAGAUCCCAAUGUACCACCACGUCUAGUAAGAAACAUAAGUCAUCGUGGUGGUGUUUUAGGGCGCAACAAUAAUUAUUUAGGGCGCAAUAAUAAUUAUUAUAGACAAGGCGAUCAAUUUUAUUAUCGGAGUAGACGUAAUCAAUUUUAUCGUCAAAAUAGAGGCAAUAGAUUGAAUUAUCGACGUUAUCCUUCAAAUUAUUAUCGUCGCAAUAUCUUCUAUAAUCGAAACUAUCCAUCACCACGACAAUUUGAUAGUCCAUAUGAUGUAGGUGGAUAUGGUUUUGCAAGUCGGAGACAACAACAACAGCAAAGAUCAGGCCAACCUGUUAGAUCGCUUAGUUGGCGUCGAUUAAGUAAUCGUCCAAGAAGACGAGGUCCACGACAAAUUCGUUUAAAUGAUUUUAUGCCAACUGAAAUACGUGAGCCUUCACCAAAUCUUCCAUCUGAAUUUAAUAUAGCUACAACAAUUGCACCGACUACAACAACAACUACAACAGCUACAUCAGACGCAUUACCGCAGCGUGAAAUAUUUGCCAGAAGAAAUACUACUCAAUCAUUUACUGUCAAUGAAAAUAAUCAAAAUCAACGGGUACAACGUAAAACUACGUCUUCAUUUAGACGUCGGCAACGUCGUAAUAAUCGAUUUGCUGUAUUACCUGAUGAAAAUGAUAAAUUAUCUGAUGUGGAAGUAGAAGUGACAGAUGAACCAAUACCGUCAAUUAUUAAUAAGAAACAAAGAAAAGAUAAGAAUAAGAAAAAGAUUCGUCGAUAUCUUGAGCCAAAUCGUAUAUUGAAAUGGUUAGAAGAUCAUUCAAGAAGUUCAAAAAAUGCUAUAAUGGGUCGUGGUAAUCAAGCAUAUGUAUUAGCUUCAGCUUCAAUUUAUGAUGAAUGGGUUCGAAAUAAUUAUGAAUUACAAGUUUGGCAAGCUUAUUUUAAAAUGGGUACAGAACAAAAACCUUGGGCUAAAGAAAUUAUUCGACGUACAAAACGACGUGAUGAUAAAAUAAAUACUCGAUUUGUACAAAAGAAAAUUAAUCGUUUAACAAGUGAUAUUACUAGAGUAUGUGCUACUAUUUCAGAACUUCAAAUUCAAUUAUCUACAUAUUGGAUACAAACAAUUUCUGAAAUUGCAAAUCAAAAAUUAGCGCAAGCAACAGCUAAUAUAGUAGCUAAAAAAUUAACAGUAGAAAAAGCACGUCAACCAGUAACUACGGUAACUGUAGGAACAGAUACAGACGAUGAAUUAGUUACAGGAACUGUAGAAACAGCUCCAACUGUUGCUGCUACUACGACUACCUGUAAAAAUUAUGCUCGAGAACCAGUUGAACGUAUAGAAAAAUCAUACUAUGGGCUAUUUAAUUUCAGUCUGAAUUUAUCAACUAAAAAUAAUACUUCAUUUCAAACUGAAACGUGA